AUGGGCACAGCCUGUGGCACUGCUAAGCGUAACCAGGUGCACAGUGGUAGGAAGCCCAGCCAGCCAACCCGACCGGCAGAGCUGACUGUGCUCAGGGCCCAGGCCACAGCUGGUAGGGGCAGUGUUGGGGGCCAGGCAGCCCUGCCAGAUGCCCUGCUCUCAGACCCCUGCCAGGGCCAGCCCUGCCCAGCAUCCGGUGGCACCCACAGCCCCUCAGUGCCCUCCUCCAGAGAGGGUAAGAAAAAGAUGUUGUUUCACACUGUUUUCGAGCAAAAGUGUUUAUUUUUCUCCUUCAGAUAUACAAUCUCUCGGGGAUUCCGUGCCACUGACCACCAUGUACGAGGAAGGGAUUCACAGGCAAGGGGGACAGGUGAGGGCAGCCCCCACUUCACUCAAGGAACAGGGCAAGGGGGCCCAGUACAGAGAACAGAAAUCUCUUACGACAGCAUCGUGCCCUGGCAGAAGAUUCUAGCAGAGCCGCAGGCCUCCAUGGAAAUCAUGGAGAAGGGAGGGAAGUGGGCAGGAGAGAGGGCAGCCUCUCCAGCUGAAGGAGCUGUGCUUGUCUCCACAGGGUGGGCGGGCAGCCAGAGUUUCUACGCCCAACACACACCUUAUCCUCACAGCAGCCCACUGGCGCCGAGGCAUGUUUGCUCACCUAACGUUUUCUGGUGGAUUUCUCAUGGCCCAGUGCAGCAGCUGACAUUCCCUACUGAGCAAGCAGCUCCGCCAGUGUGCCCUGCCCCAGCGUCCUGCCGUCUCUCAGCCCCUGGAUGAGCCCAGGGAACCGGCACUCUACUGAGGACAAAGCAGGGCUCGCCUAGCACUGGAAGCUCUUCAGUACUUAAGGUAGCUAAUUCAAUGUUUUAAAAAGGCAUUUACAACAGAAAACCAAAGAUUGAACUUCAGCUUCAGAUUUGUAAACCAUUCACAUCUCUGCAACUUAAAACAGUAAAUAAAGAUUAUCAAUGCACAAGCCAAUUGCAAA